UAUUGUGCAUAAAUUCUUGUAUGUCAUCUUUUUUAAGAAACGAUUUAUUAACAUUUUUUUAAUGUUGAAGGAUCAUUAUCGGGAUUUAUGGGUAAUCAGCCUCUUUUUCACGUGGACUCCCGAAAGCAACAUGGGAGCAAAGAAAGCAGAUCCUAAAGGUGGUGCUAAGGGAAAGGCCGCGCCUGCUAAAAAGAAGGAAGGCGGUGGAAAGGCCAAGAAGAAGAAGUGGUCGAAGGGAAAAGUCCGCGACAAGUUGAACAACUUGGUUUUGUUUGACAAGCCCACUUACGAUAAACUGAUAAAAGAAGUUCCUAAUUAUAAAUUGAUUACUCCGUCUGUGGUAUCUGAAAGAUUGAAGAUCAGAGGGUCACUGGCAAAGAAAGGGCUACGAGAACUACACUCUAAAGGUCUGAUCAAACUUGUAUCAAAGCACAGUUCACAGUUGAUCUUUACCAGAGCAACCAAGGCUGAUGACGAGUGAAAUGUUUUGUACAGAUCUAAAUAAAUAAGAGAAAAAAACA